UCUUCCCCUCCCUCUUCCCGCAAACAAACCCAUACCUAGCCGCCACCAUGGCCGCACCGCCGCCGCCGGCGGCGGCGCUCCCGGACGAGCUCGUCCAAGAGAUCCUCGCCCGCCUCCCGCCUGACGACCCAGCCUCCCUCCUCCGCGCGUCCCUCGUAUGCAAGGCCUGGGGCCUCGCCGUCUCCCACCCCGGAUUCCGCCGCCGCCUCCACGAGCUCCACCAAGCACCCCCCUUGCUUGGGUUCCUCCCCAGCUGGGCCAGCGAUGACACCUGCACCUUCAUCCCCACCACGGCCUCGUCCUUCUCCCUCCACGCUCCGGACUGGCACUCGUGCCGGGCCGUCGACUGCCGCCACGGCCGCGCCCUCUUCCUCUCCGUGAACCAGCACGCCGAGACACUCCUCGUGUGGGAGCCCAUCACCGGCGCCCAGAACCGCCUACCUGUGCCCGCGGCGUACGACAGCGCGAAGCCAUUUCCGGGCGCGCUGAUGUACUCUAACGCGGCGGUGUUGUGCGCAGCGGACCGGUGCGACCACCGCGACUGCCUCGGGGGUCCUUUCCGCGUGGUCUUCGUCUUCGAGGAGCACACCAAAGAGGAGCAAAAUGUCACAUCGGCGUGCGUGUACUCGCCGGAGGCCGGUGCCUGGGGCGAACUGACCUCGUUGCACACCGAGCUCUCCAUAGAAAUCACAGACAAUUCCAGCGUGCUCGUUGGCAGCUCUCUGCUCUACUUCCGGGCCAGCGCGUCCGUCCUGGAGUACGACUUGGCAAGGCAUGCCCUGACUCUGUUCGUCCCACCAGACAAUGACGAGAACGUACGUUUUAAUCUCAUUCUGACGGAGGACGGUCGACUAGGACUUAUUGAAGAUUGGUGUCCGCAUCUCAAAUUGUGGACACUGGAGAAAGGGAGUGAGGACACUGAUGCACAAUGGGUGCUGAGCCGUGUCAUCAACCUGCACAAUUUUUUCCCAGCUAGUGCUCGCUUGAGUGAAGGUUAUGGAGUGUGGGUGAUGGGCUUCGUCGAGGGAGCUAAUGUCAUUUUCGUUAACUCACUUGCUGGCGUCUUCACGAUUGAGCUACAAUCAGAGGAGGUGAGGAAGGUGUUUGUUCAUAGUAGCUUUGGUAAUUUGGUUCCGGUUGUCACCUUCUACACUCCUGUGCUCCGAGGCGUCCAACAGCAUCUGCUGGUGUCAAAGCCUAGUGGGGAGGCAGGUGGUGAGGAGGGGGGAGAGGGGGGGAAAACAAUAGAUCAGGCACAAAAGCUGUUCGACAAGGGGUCCAAUGCUAUCAGUAAGGGAGACUUUGUGAACACCUUCAAAUGCGUCAGCCACGACCACAAUAUCAGGUCUCCAGGCCAUGUGGAAGUUGUUCCAGUCUGUGCUAGCAUGUUUGGCAAAUAUGUAUGUGCAUACAAAGCUCAAGAAGUGAAUGGUUCUUUGGAUUCUGUCCCCAGGAGUGCACCAAUUGAAGAAUUGGUGAAGGGCACAACCAGGGAAGAUGAUGCUGGGGACUCAAAGACCUCUGGUAGCAGUGUUGAAGAUGCUGCUCCAUCUUCGGAGAAAUGUAAUUCUCAAGAAGUGCUACGCUGAAUCGCUGAUGGGUCAGGCCAGAAGUUUCAUCAGUCAAGUCAUUCAGCGCCUUCAGUGUGAUCUCUUUCUCCUCUGCUGCUGGGAAUUAUGAGUGUCACCUCCCAUUUUCAUGGUAAAUUGUAGGUUAGUGUCCAGACUAGCUAAAGGGAGGCACCAAAUUAAAAGUUGGCACCUGAAAGAAGUAAGAAGUGGAUGCUGCUGAAGGAUAGGAGGUUAAAAGCUAUUUGUAGCUCCUAUUUGUACCUGAUAGUUUCUGUGGAGUGGUGCCAAUUAAGACUCCGUUUAUUGACAUGUUUCAUCAAAGAUCAGUUUCAUCAGUUGCAAGGAGGUUCUCAGUUUAAUCAUGAGCGUAAAAGUUCGAUCGUAGUGAAAUGUGUGUAAUACGUACUAGCAAGAGAUAAGAUUAGUUGAAGUACAGUGAUUGGUUGAAGCUACAGCCAUUGAUUUGAUGAAACUGACUGGUUUAGUUCUGGGCUUCUGGCAUCCAUACAACUAUUUGGACAUCUCAGUUGUAAUAAUAAAAAGAAGUAUGUCAAGUCAAUCUACGAGAGA